AUGACACAGUCCCAAGUGAAAUUUGAUUCAUCGGUUCCACCUGAUAAAACUGAUGGUGGGCCCAUCUUGUUAACAUUAAUUAUCGACACUCUUAUAUUACCUUCCAAACAGCUAUUAACGAUUCUUGAGAAAUGUUCAAUAGAUUAUAAGAAAUUUAAGCAGGACCAAUGGUAUUUUGGGGUUACAUCAUACACAUUUGAAUUAUCAACGAGCAAAGAAAAUGCUCUCCAAUCCGCUAUAUUAAACUUGAAACAUUUACAACUGAACUCUAAUCAUACAUUUUGGAUAUCAACAAAUCAGGCAAAACAAUCCCUUUCCAUUCCCCGAACUUAUCCAUCAUGCAAAAAUGUAAAAUUGGGUAAAUAUUAUAUGAAUUGUGGUAUUUCAUUAGACUAUUCAUGCGGUUCGUUGAUAUCAAUGAACAAAUAUUAUACCUAUGCGCGUCUACAGAAUACAUGGAGGAUAACGUUUUAUUCGGAUAAAUUUGACAUUGAUUAUGGAUUAAAAGAUGAUCGUAAACGAAUCGUAGUCAAAGCUGACUUUCUCGACAGAUGUGCGAUUGUUACAACAUUAAAUGAUGGUUUUAUUUUGCAUUUGAUGAUGAAAGGAAAUACGCAAGAUCAGAUUACUGAUCCUGCUAGUGAUGCAUCCUCUCUUCCAAGAUAUGUUCGAACAUGUUCAUUAUCAUCAAAACCAUGUUGUUCAACUAUCCGUUUACUCGUCAAAUUAGACAGUCCAAAAUCUCCAUCAGAUGAUGAUGACGGUAACAAUAACUCGCAACAUAAUUUAAAUCGUAUCAAUUCAUGUUUUCAACGAUAUUUAACAUUUUUACAACAAAAUCAAAUUCAACUCUGUUUUGGUUUAAUAUCGUCGUCUUUAGCAGGACAAGUAACAAAUAUCUGUCAAAUAAAACCAUCUUUUAAUUCAUUUAUUAAAAACUAUUGUUGGGAAAUGCUAUUAUCAAUCGGACAUCGAUUUGAACAAAGAUUAGAACAAAGAUUUAUUAUAUUAAUGGAAAAGAUCAAAGAUGAUGAUGAAUUUUUUCAAACAUCAUUGCAUUUAUGGCGUCGUGCAACAGAAUAUCAUUUUUUAUCACUAUACGAUGAAUUAAUUCGUUAUCAAAAACAUAUAGGAGAACUAGAACUUGGCCAACCUCAAUGGAGUCUCUCUUAUCCACCAAAAAAUUAUUGUUAUGUGCCAUCAAUUACCGUUACACCAUCGACAAUUAUUUAUAAACCAUUCAAAUUAUGCAAAACAAAUCGUGUGUUGCGAGAAAAAAAAUUUGGUGGACAAAUGAGUUUUGCUCUUGUGGAUAUUAAAGAGGAAAAUGGAAUGGAUCUUUAUCCACAUGAUUAUAGAUCAUUACGAUUUAAAUUAGAAUAUUUAUUAACAAAUGGCUUUGAAAUUACUCAAAAUCGGAUCUAUAAAUAUUUACAUCAUUCUCAAAGUCAAUUAAAAGAUAAACAAUUUUGGUUUUAUAAUUAUCAAGAAGGAUAUAAUUUAUCAUUCGAAGAUGCUUACAAAUGGAUGGGAGAUUUUGAUGGUGAACGAGUUGUUGCUAAACAUUCAGCUAGAAUUGCCCAGUGUUUUACGAGUGCUGAAGCAACUAUUCAAAUUCCAUCAUCACUCGUUGAAUAUGUCGAUGAUAUUGAAACAAGUGAUGGAAAAUACAAUUUUACUGAUGGAAUUCAACCAAAUCGACCAUUUAGUGCUGUGCAAAUACGAUACGGUGGCUGCAAAGGGAUAAUAUCAGUGAAGCCCGAAUUGGAUAAUUGUGUACAUCAACUGGCUAUUCGAAAUAGUAUGCUGAAAUUCAAGUCGAACCAUGAUAUAUUGGAAUUAUGUCGAAUAUCAAAGCCAAGGUCUUUGUAUUUAAAUCGUCAAGCAAUUGUAUUAUUGUCACAUCGUGGCAUAGAUGAUGCCAAUUUUUUGUUAUUACAAAAUGAACAUCAUUUAUGUCUCAUAGAAUCAUUGUUGUAUCCAUCUUCGGCUUUUGAAUUAUUAUGCGAUAAAAUUAUUCGAAAUUUGUUUCCAUUUCGUCAACUAGUUCUUGAUGGGCAAAUUAAUUUUAUUUUGGAACCAUUUUUUCGACAAUUGAUUAUUACCAUUUGUAAAUAUGAUUUGAAACAAAUGAAAGAAAAAUCGAGAACAAAAAUAGCCAAGACAAAAGCAAGAAACAUGAUUGGCAUAGUUGAUGAAUACGGUAUUUUGGAAUAUGGUCAAGUGUUUAUUCAAUUUUCAAAUAUGAAACAAGAAUCAUUGACGGGUGAUGGUGAUGAAAAUGAUGAAGAAACAACAACAAUAUUAAAACAGCGUGUAGUUGUCACCAAAAAUCCUUGUCAUCAUCCUGGUGAUGCUCGAACAUUUCAAGCUGUCGACAGUGAAAAAUUAAGACAUUUAAAAGACGUCAUUGUAUUCCCACAAAAAGGUCGUAGACCACAUCCAAAUGAAAUUAGUGGCUCAGAUCUUGACGGUGAUGAAUAUGCUGUCUAUUGGCAUGAAGAUUUGGUACCUACAACAGACAAUAUUGAACCAUAUGAUUAUGACUCACAAGAUCAACCAGAAAAAUUAGAUCGUCCAAUAACUCGUGAUGAUAUUAACAAAGUCGUACUUGAUAUUAGUGAACAAAAUUGUUUGGGUAAAUUGUGCAGUUUACAUUUGGCUUAUGUUGAUAAAUAUGGGGUUGAUCAUGAAAAAUGUAUUGAAAUUGCCGGAGCUAUUAGCGAAGAAGUUGAUGCUGGUAAAACUGGUAAACAUCCUUAUACAUUACAGAAAUUGAAAGAAUUAAAUUCUCAUUUGAACAAUGAAAGGCCAGAUUAUAUUGAUAAUAAACAUUAUUCUCAUUAUCCAUCAAAACAUGUUCUAGGUAAAUUAUUUCGAUCAACCUCUCGUUUCGAACCUAACUGGUCAAAACUUGCCUCUACACCAUGCCAUUCUGUCGAUCCAUUAUUAAUUCAUGAUAAUUAUCGUGCGUAUGGAAAUUCGGCACGUGAUCUAUUUCGUCGUUAUCGUGACUCUAUUUUGGAUAUUCUUUAUGUAUAUCAUUUUUCAUCGGAUAUCGAUUUGAUUUGUCGUUUUGAUUCAUCCCAACCAACAAAACGAGAUGGUAAUAAUAAUUUAAUAGCUGAUUCGGCACAAACAGAAUUACGAUUACUAAUUCAACGUACAAGAACAUUAUUUUAUGAAGAAUUUCAAGGUAAUUGUGAAUGUCCACAAUGUUUAGAACCAAAAUUGGCUAAAGUGAGUGCAUGCUAUAUGAUAUGUUAUCAACAGCAACAACAACAAGAUUUAUCAAAAAAGAAGAAAAUUAUUAGUUUUCCGUGGUUAUUUGCACAACUGUUAAUUAAACUACGACAAAUUAAUAUUCAAAAACAAACAAAAUUAUUAUCACACACUGUUGCCGCGGAUAUAUUGGAAGUUCAACAUUAUAAACUUACUGGUGAAGCAUUAAAACGAUCUUUACAAUAUUUACAUGAUAAUGUACAACUAAAAUUGUCUGUAUCAUUCAAUGAUAAAGAUAUUCAAAUUCGUCUAGGCACAAAGAAACGUUCAAAACAUCUUUGUACCUAUCGCCGUCUAACUCUGCUUGAAGUAUGUUUCAUUGAAAUUAUAAAUCAUUGGCUGUAUGAUCAACAACAGGUAUUUGUCAAAGAUCAACAACAAUCAUUACCAACGGAUAAAAUACCACUAUUACAAGAAGAAACAUGGCAACAUACUUUAACAAAAUUUGUCAUGCAGCAAAAUUCACCAAAUGAUUGUGGUGAUGGUAAUGAAACAACGUGUUCUCAAAUGAUUGUUCAACAAUCGGAUGGUAUUCAAAAGGAUGUUUAUUAUGAUAAAGUUCGUCAAUUGUUGGAUCAGAAGUGGUCGGACAAUGAUGAAUAUCGAAAAUUAGCAUUAAUGCUCAAACAACUACUACGAAUAACAUCACAAUGCGCUAAAAUUCAUCGAAAUGAGAUGAAUAGGAGUGAAGAAUUCACUUAUUUAAAUGAAUAUCUGAUAUUAGCGUUGCAACAAAUAGCUACUGAUAAUGAAUUGUUGAAAUAG